AUGACCGCAGCCCUCGCUGCUGCCCGUGCCGCUGCGACCAUGGCCUCUGGCGGCAGCGGCCUCGCCGCCGCCCGCCUCCUGUCCCGCGCCUUCCUCUUGCAACAGAAUGGAAUUCGGCAUUGCUCUUAUACAGCUUCCAGGAAGCAUCUCUAUGUUGAUAAAAAUACAAAGAUUAUUUGCCAGGGUUUCACUGGUAAGCAGGGCACCUUUCAUAGCCAGCAGGCACUGGAAUAUGGCACCAAACUAGUUGGAGGAACCACUCCAGGGAAAGGAGGCAAGACGCACCUGGGCUUACCAGUCUUUAACACCGUGAAGGAGGCCAAAGAACAGACUGGGGCGACAGCGUCUGUCAUUUAUGUCCCGCCUCCCUUUGCUGCUGCUGCAAUUGAUGAAGCUAUCGAGGCGGAAGUGCCCCUGGUCGUGUGCAUCACCGAAGGUAUCCCGCAGCAGGACAUGGUGCGGGUCAAGCACAAACUGCUGCGCCAGGGAAAGACCAGGCUGGUCGGGCCGAACUGCCCCGGAGUCAUCAAUCCUGGAGAAUGUAAAAUUGGCAUCAUGCCUGGCCAUAUUCACAAGAAAGGAAGAGUCGGUAUCGUGUCUAGAUCCGGCACCCUGACUUACGAAGCGGUUCACCAGACAACACAAGUUGGAUUGGGGCAGUCUUUGUGUGUUGGCAUUGGAGGCGAUCCUUUCAAUGGAACAGACUUUACAGACUGCCUUGAAAUCUUUCUCAAUGAUCCGGCCACAGAAGGCAUCGUAUUGAUUGGUGAAAUUGGUGGUAAUGCCGAAGAAAAUGCUGCCGAAUUUUUGAAGCAACAUAAUUCAGGUCCCAAGGCCAAGCCUGUGGUGUCCUUCAUUGCUGGUUUAACUGCUCCUCCCGGCAGAAGAAUGGGUCACGCAGGGGCAAUCAUUGCUGGAGGAAAAGGUGGAGCUAAAGAGAAGAUCGCAGCCCUGCAGAGUGCUGGGGUUGUGGUCAGCAUGUCCCCGGCACAGCUGGGAACCACCAUCUACAAGGAGUUUGAAAAGAGGAAGAUGCUCUGA